CUGACACAGCAAUUGUUAGCAAAACGUCUAGAAAUAAUUCUCGCACAGAUAUGGCAUCUGACACAGCAAUUGUUACCAAAACGUCUAGAAAUAUUUCUCGCACAGAACUGGUGUCUGACACAACAUUGAGUACUAAAACAUCUAGAAAUAAUUCUCGUACAGGUAUGGCAUCUGACACAGCAAUUGUUAGCAAAACGUCUAGAAAUAAUUCUCGCACAGAUAUGGCAUCUGACACAGCAAUUGUUACCAAAACGUCUAGAAAUAAUUCUCGCACAGAACUGGUGUCUGACACAACAUUGAGUGCUAAAACAUCUAGAAAUAAUUCUGACACGGAUGUGGCAUCUGGCACAACAUUGAAUACCAAAACAUCACAAUCAAGUUCUUGCACUGAUGUGGUGCUGGACAUGCCACUAAUUACCAAUGAGUUUGUCAAUAACACCGAAAAACCUAAAUGUUACUCUGAUACAAAUGUAAUUGCCAACAAACCAAGAUAUAAUUCUAACCCAGGUGUGACUACCAACAGGUUUGCAUGUAAUUCUUAUACAAAUUGUGUUACUAAUCCAGCAACAGCUGCCAAUAUAGAAAUGGCUCGACUGAUACCAGAUGAUGUAUCAGUCUUUGAGAACAUGGCACAGUCACAGACAACUGAUAUUUGGAACAACGGAAACCAAAGUGAAGCCUCUUCACAAAUAAAAGAUCCAUGUUCAUCACCAGCCAAAAGUCCCUCGGUAGAUCCUAAUAUCAUAAUGUCCCCUGUUUUGCAGGAGGCCAUCAUACAACGAAAAUCACCAGAGAUGCUGGAAAAGAAUCUGACCCCUAUGCUGGACAUCCUCAUCAAAGACAACAGCAACUUUCUCUUCGAUGAUGACAACACAAUAGAUGUAGAGGGUGAUGGCCACCACCACCACCAAUCAGAUGAUCCUGUUGUUUUGUUGUCAUCAGUAAUGUCAGCAGACAGCUCCAGUGACAGUGGCAAGGAUGAUAGUGAUGGAGACUGCAACACUGACAGCCUGGAGUGUCUGCCCGUGCCAGUCGGGGUCAAGCCAUCUUCUUGUGGGCAAUUGCCUGUUGUAGGUGGUAGCAGCCAUCACCUCAUCGGGGGAGAAACAACAGACGAGACUGGACCACUCAGCACCAACAUUGUGACUGUGAGUGUUGCCAUGCCCGAUGGUGACCAGGGGCUGGAAAGCAAUGGAACCCGUGACAAUAUUACCACGACCACCACAGCUGAUGACACUGAUAACACACUGAGAGUAAGCAGCAACACAGAUGUCAACAGUUCCACCUUCUCCAGCGUCACCUCUAUGAGCACUGAUUCUUUGGAAGAUUUAUUGGAAGCAUGACAUCAUCAAAGGAGUUAGAGACACCAGAAAGCAUGAUCUACCCCAGUGAAGUGAAUGACAACUACUAACUUCACCUGAGAGAAGUUGGUAGCAGUGUGGAACCUUGAUCAAAAUCAUCUGCAGAAACUAAGGCAAAGUCAAGAUGUGUGUGAUACACAGGAACAAAUUACAGAACAAUAUAAUAACCGUUGUUGUAGUAGUAAGAUUUGAACUUAAGACCAUACUGUUAAUAAACCAGUACCUUUACCACCUUCCCACUCGCUUUUAUAAACAGAAACACAUCAAUAAUAAAGGAUCACAUGUCUAUGUUC